CAAUUCAAAAGGUGGUGUCUUCCUUCUUCCCACUCUCUCAAUUUGCGUCUUACUUUGGGGUUUCUCUUUGGACCCAAAACUCAACGAUUCAGAAUCCGCUCCAACUCUCUCCUUCCAGCUCAUCUCGCCUGUUCAACUCACCUCUCUCACCCCCACACUUGUGCUUCUCCGUUUCCGAAGUGAGUUUCUUUUACUCGCUUUCUCCCCACCGUCUUACUGUUCCCUUUCUUCUUCUUUUUAUGGUUUGAUUUGAUAAAUAAUAAAGAAAAAUAAUAAAGGGGUUUUCUUGCAUGAAUUCGCGGGAAAUUGAUCAGAUUUCCCAUGAGAAUUAUACUGUAGGAUAAAAUACCCAUUUUGGAAGUGCUUGUAGGUCUCCAAAUUUGUAGUCUCAGUUUACAAGCUUGGAUUUUGAUUAGGCUUUUCCUUUGGGGGAAUAAGAUGGACCCAUCUGCAGCUGGUGAUGAUUGCAAUAACAAAUUUUGUAUUGAUAAUUUGAUAGCUGCAAGAAAGUCACUAAAGCUCGGCUUAGAGAAAACAAAAUCCCUAGGAUUGGCUCUUGAAAAGGCUGGACCUAGAAUAGAGGAGAUCAACCAAAGAUUGCCUUCCUUAGAAGCUGCAGUCCGCCCAAUUCUUGCUGACAAGGACGCGCUUGCAGCUGUUGGGGGCCAUAUCAACCGAGCAGUGGGCCCUGCUGCUGCAGUGCUUAAGGUUUUCGACGCGGUUCAUGGGCUUGAAAAGUCCCUUCUAUCAGAUCCCAGGAAUGAUCUUCCUGGGUAUUUAUCGGUGUUGAAACGCCUCAAAGAGGCAUUGAGGUUUCUUGGUGAUAACUGUGGAUUGGCUAUUCAAUGGUUGGAAGAUAUAAUCGAGUAUUUGGAGGAUAACAGAGUUGCUGACGGACGGUAUUUGUCAAAUUUGAAGACAUCACUCAAGGGCCUAAGGGAGUUGCAAAAUGAUGGGGAAAUAAUACAUCUUGAUGGGGGUCUUUUAGAUGCUGCAUUGGAUCAACUGGAAAAUGAGUUUAGAAGACUAUUGACGGAGCAUAGCAUGCCACUUCCAAUGUCAUCUCCAUCACUAGGCGAACAAGCAUGCAUUGCACCGUCGCCCUUGCCGGUGACUGUUACUCAGAAGUUGCAAGCAAUUCUUGGUAGGCUGAUUGCUAAUAAUAGACUUGAGAAGUGCAUUACAAUCUAUGUUGAAGUUCGUAGUUCAAAUGUCAGAGCUAGCUUGAAGGCACUUGAUUUGGAUUAUCUUGAGAUCUCAAUCUCGGAGUUCAACGAUGUGCAGAGCAUAGAAGGGUAUAUACGACAGUGGGGAAGACAUUUAGAGUUUGCAGUAAAGCAUUUGUUCGAGGCAGAGUUCAAACUGUGUAAUGAUGUUUUCGAGAAGAUUGGCCUGGAUGUUUGGAUGGGAUGUUUUGCAAAAAUAGCUGCACAAGCUGGCAUUCUUGCUUUUCUUCAGUUUGGGAAGACUAUUACGGAAAGCAAGAAAGAACCUUUAAAGCUUCUCAAGUUAUUGGAUAUAUUUGCAUCUUUGAACAAAUUGAGAUUGGAUUUCAACAGGCUCUUUGGGGGAGCAGCAUGCAUUGAGAUCCAAAACCUGACAAGAGAUCUCAUCAAGAGGGUUAUUGAUGGUGCAGCCGAAAUUUUCUGGGAAAUCUUUGUUCAGGUGGAAUUACAGAGGCAGAUUCCUCCUCCUCUGGAUGGGAGCAUUCCUAAGUUGGUGAGUUUCAUAACCGAGUACUGCAAUAAACUGCUUGGUGAUGAGUAUAGGCCGAUCCUGACCCAAGUUCUCGUCAUUCACCAAAGCUGGAAGCAUAAAAAAUUUCAGGAGAUGAUUCUUGUUAAUGAAGUUUUGAAAAUAAUUAAGGCCGUUGAUCUGAAUUUGGAAACAUGGGUGAAGGCAUAUGGUGAUGCUACCCUGUCCUAUCUUUUCACUAUGAACAGCCACUGGCAUCUAUACAAACACUUAAAGGGAACUAAAAUUGGAGAGCUCAUGGGAGAUGCUUGGUUGAAAGAUCAUGAACAGUAUAAGGAGUAUUAUUCCACUGUAUUCUUAAGAGAGAGCUGGGGUAAGCUCCCUGGUCAUUUAAGCCGUGAAGGGUUAAUCCUGUUCUCAGGUGGUCGUGCCACUGCUCGUGAUCUCGUAAAGAAAAGGUUGAAAACUUUUAAUGAAGCUUUUGAUGAGAUGUAUAAAAAGCAGUCUGGUUGGGUUAUCUCAGAAAGAGAUUUGAGGGAGAAGACAUGCCAACUAAUAGUGCAGGCGAUUCUACCCGUCUAUCGAAGCUAUAUGCAAACUUAUGGGCCAUUGGUGGAACAAGAUGCAAGUUCCAGUAAAUAUGCAAAGUACACAGUGCAGGGGUUGGAACAAAUGCUCCUUUCUCUUUUUCUGCCUAGGCGGGAAAGGUAUGGCAGUUUCAAAGGCAGACCAACUGACAGCAAAAUCGAUAACGGGGUAGAUCUUCGCCGAACUGCAUCUGCAGUUGCGUGAUUGUAAUAUGUGGGUGUUUUAGAUGUUUAAGGUAUAUCUUGUGCACAGUUUUGCUAUGUUAUGUCAACUGCGAAUAUAAUGGAUGGUGGGGUAGGGGACAUAACAAGCAAGUACUGAGUUGGUAGAUAAGAGAAUUGAUAUUUUCAGGUAUAGCAUUUCAAGUUUACUUUCAUAUUCACUUGUUAAUUUAGUUGCUAGCUAGUAGGCAAUUGCUGGACCUUCAUGUUCAAAUGUUCAAUAUUGUGACAUAAAAGUGAAAAGUGGAGGUCUAAGCUGUGAUUAAUUAAAUUUAUUUAGUCAUCAA